AUGGGGCCGCGAGGCUGGGCGCUGCGCUGCGCCGUCGCGCUGCUCCUCGCCGCGGCGGGGGCUGCAGGAGAAAGCUGCUUAAGAAAUGAGUUCCAGUGUGGAAACGGGCAAUGCAUCUCCUACAAGUGGAUUUGUGACGGGAAGGCCGAGUGCCCGGAUGGCUCCGACGAGUCCCAGGAGACGUGCUCGUCUGUCACCUGCAAGGCCGAGGACUUCAGCUGUGGGGGGCGCAUCAACCGCUGCAUUUCUCAGUUCUGGAGAUGCGAUGGCCAAGUGGACUGUGAGAACGGCUCAGAUGAACUAGACUGUGCUCCCAAGACAUGCUCCAGCGACGAGUUCCGCUGCCAGGACGGCAAGUGCAUCUCGCCGCAGUUCGUCUGUGACUCGGAAGAGGACUGCGACGACGGCUCUGACGAGGUCAACUGCCCUGUGACCACGUGCGGCCCUGCCCACUUCCAGUGCAACUCCUCUGCCUGCAUCCCUGAGCUCUGGACCUGUGACGGCGAUGCCGACUGCGAGGACAGCUCGGACGAGUGGGGCUGCAAGAGCCAAGACAAGGGGCCCUGCUCCGCCCUGGAGUUCCACUGUGGCAGCGGGGAGUGUAUCCAUGCCAGCUGGCACUGUGACGGCGGGCCUGACUGCAGAGACAAGUCCGACGAGGAAGGCUGCGCCGUGGCCACGUGCCGGCCCGACGAGUUCCGGUGCGGGGACGGGACCUGCGUCCACGGCAGCCGGCAGUGCGACAGGGAGUAUGACUGCAAGGACCUGAGCGACGAGCUGGGCUGCGUCAACGUGACGCUGUGCGAGGGGCCCGACAAGUUCAAGUGCCACAGCGGCGAAUGCAUCCCCAUGGACAAAGUGUGCAACUCGGCCAGGGACUGCCGAGACUGGUCGGAUGAGCCCCUCAAGGAGUGCGGUACCAACGAGUGUCUGGACAACAAAGGAGGCUGCUCCCACAUCUGCCAGGACCUCAAGAUCGGCCACGAGUGUCUCUGCCCCGAGGGCUUCCGGCUGGUGGACCAGAGGAGAUGCGAAGAUAUCGAUGAGUGCCAGGACCCCGACACUUGUUUUCCCGGGUGUCUCCUCCGGUUUGCCCGGAGCUUGGGGCGAUGUGCGCAGAUGGUGGGGGUUCUCCAAGCCCCUGACUGCUCUCCCUCGCCCGUAGGCACCAUCGCCUACCUCUUCUUUACCAACCGCCACGAGGUGAGGAAGAUGACGCUGGACCGCAGCGAAUACACCAGCCUCAUCCCCAACCUGAAGAACGUGGUCGCCCUGGACACGGAGGUGGCCAGCAACAGAGUCUACUGGUCCGACCUGUCUCAGAGGAAGAUCUACAGCACCCAGAUCGAUGGAGCCCACAGCUUCUCUUCCUACGACACCGUCAUCGGCAGGGACCUGCAGGCCCCCGACGGGCUGGCCGUGGACUGGGUCCACGGCCACAUAUACUGGACCGAUUCUGUCCUCGGCACCGUCUCGGUGGCGGACACCAAGGGCGUGAAGAGGAAGACGCUGUUCACGGAGAAAGACUCGAAGCCGAGGGCCAUUGUGGUGGAUCCCACACACGGCUUCAUGUACUGGACGGACUGGGGCACCCCUGCCAAGAUCAAGAAGGGGGGCCUGAACGGCGUGGACAUCUACUCGCUGGUGACGGAAGACAUCCAGUGGCCCAAUGGCAUCACUCUGGAUCUCUCCAGCGGCCGCCUCUACUGGGUCGACUCCAAGCUUCACUCCAUCUCCAGCAUCGAUGUCAAUGGCGGGAACCGGAAGACCAUUCUAUCGGAUGAGAAGCGGCUGGCCCACCCGUUCUCCCUGGCCAUCUUUGAGGAUAAAGUAUUCUGGACGGACAUCCUCAAUGAAGCCAUCUUCAGUGCCAACCGCCUCACAGGCCAGGACGUCAGUUUGGUGGCUGAGAACCUGCUGUCCCCGGAGGACAUGGUGCUGUUCCACAAACUCACGCAGCCCAGAGGAGUGAACUGGUGUGAGAAGAACCCCCUCCACAAUGGUGGCUGCCAUUACCUGUGCCUCCCGGCCCCUCAGAUCAACUCCCAUUCGCCCAGAUUCACCUGUGCCUGCCCUGACGGCAUGGUGCUGGCUGCAGACAUGCGGGGCUGCCUCACAGAGCCUGAACCUGCAGCCACCACCCAGGGGUCCUCCCCGGCAGAGCCCACAGUCAGGCAGACGGUUGGUUCCACCGCCAUGGGGCCGAAGCAUGAGCCCACCACGCCAGCUCCCGGCACCCCCGAGCAGCCCUCGACCAGCCCUGGUCUCACCACAGCAGAGGUGGCCACCAUGACCCAGCAAGCCCUGGGCGACGUGGCCGGCAGAGGAGCCGAUGAGAAGCCCAGACACGUGGGAGUGCUGACCAUCGUCCUUCCCAUCGUGCUGCUCGUCCUCCUCUGCUUCGGAGCCUUCCUCCUCUGGAAGAACUGGCGCCUGAAGAGCAUCAACAGCAUCAACUUCGACAACCCCGUGUACCAGAAGACCACCGAGGACCAGGUGCACAUCUGCCGCAGCCAGGACGGCUGCUCGUACCCCGACGGCUACACGUACCCCGCGAGGCAGAUGGUCAGCCUGGAGGAUGACAUCGUGUGAACAGCUGCUUCACCGCGUCUUGUGCCACCAAAACCCACUGCUGCUGUCGUGGCCAGGGGAACCCUUUCUCCCCAACCCUGGACCGCCCGUCCACCGCCCUGUCUGCGACCCUCCCAAGACAUCGACUCUCCUGUCGUCCCAGCCAAAGAAGGAAGAGGCGCUGCACCACCGCCCCCGCCCCCCCCACUCGCCGACGCCGUCUGCCCAGAGCUGUGUUCCAUAUAUUUAUUUAUUCUCUGGGCAGUGUGCGUGCUUCCCACUGGACACGAAGUUGGCGUGGACAGGGAGUGGCUGUUUUCUCACUGUGCUAGCAAGCUGGGAUGAGGCCCGGGCUGCCAGGUGAGACCUCUUAGGUUCUCAACUGCAACCACAUGGAGAACCGUGGGCCGAGAGAAGGCGGCUCCAGGUGCUCCUGCCCAGCCCAGCCCCUUAACUCAGGAAUAAGCGUGCUCACCUCUGCCUGACACGCACGGUAGACAGCCCAGGGCCCAAGAAGCGAGGUUUUGUCCAGCAGUACCUGUUCCCCCUCAAGCUGGGAAGGGGAUCGAGGCAUGGGCACCAGCAAGUCGCACGUAGUGUGACGGGGUGGUGCCACUGGAGACUACCUGGAGACCAUUCCCUGGGGGAGCCCCGUGAUAGGCCGCGCUUCAGCAACUAAGUGCCUGAGUCACCAGGUCACCCUGUGAGUGAAGAGGAGUUCCCGCGGGGCUGCCCCGCCCUCCUCUCGGAGCCCCAGCUGCCCCUUCUUUGUUUCUGUGCACUUUUCCCGUUCGGGGCUGUAUAGUUUGUAAAUGGAUGCUCUCAUUAUUUGGCACUGUGUGCUGAUGUGUGCGCGGAGCUUAGAUGGGCCUGUGUGCUAGCGGAGCGUGGUGGAAGUGGAAGUGGGAGCUGAACCUGGCUUGGGAACUGACAGUGGGUGCCCCUGCCCUGGCUGCUGACCCUGUGACCAGAAAGGGCAGGCCUGGUCGGGCAUCUGCAGGGGUUCCAGAUGGUUCAAGGCAUGUAGAUGAAACACUGCGCCCACCGCCCCCCUCCCCGUGAGAAGCCUGGAAGGUGCCUCCCAUGGAGGGGUGUAAGUAGACUGGUGCACAGACCAGGCUGUUAGGUUGCACUUUGUACAGUUGCUGCAAUGAUGACCACUUCUGUUCAGAAAGAGAAGAGCUAUUUAUUUUUGCAAAACGUGGCUGCUGCACUUACUCAGUUACUCCUGUGGGGGCGCUGACACCCCAAGGUACAAUGAUUCUCUGGGUCUCUGAAGAAUGUCCAUGCUGUGUACAGGUGGCUUUUAAAGGGGGAUGGGUGUGACUUUUUAAACCACUGUAUAGAAUGUUUUUAUAGCCUGAAUGCCUAACUGUGAUCGAUUAAAAAUUUCUUAAAUGCA